AUGAAAGCUGCUAUCCUCUUGGCCUUGUUCGUUGGCGUGGUCGUCGCCUAUCCAGGUAGACACGGCGGUGGAUACGGUGGUGGUUCCGGUGGCGGAAUAUACGGACUCGGAGGCUCUUAUGGCGGUGGAUUCGAUGGUGGUCUCGGUGGCGGACAUUACGGAGGCGCUUAUGGCGGUGGAUUCGGUGGUGGUCUAGGUGGCGGACAUUACGGUCUCGGAGGCUCUUACGGCUCUUAUGGCGGUGGAUACGGAAUUGGUGGUCUAGGUGGCGGAUAUGGCAGACACUAUGGUGGAGGUUAUGGUGGAGGCUAUGGUGGAGGCUAUGGUGGAGGCUAUGGUUGA